GCAUAUCUCUUCUUGUUAUCGGGGAUCCGUCUGUGGGUUAUUUUAUAAUGUAUAUAAACGCACCCGAAUCGUGCAAUUUUAUGUUUUUAUUAUGCUUUUUAAUAAGAAGUGGUCUGACUUUGAAGAAUGAUGCUACGGAGAUUUUCUACGCUCAUGUGGUCAGCCCCGUUCAGGAUGCUCAGAGCAACGCGUCUCUGAAUCGCGCGCGCUCCGGCGGCAGAGGGUUCCCAGCGCACGAGAGAGGCGAACGUGUUCCAGUUGGCUGCAGAGAACUGCGAUCAACAAAGUACAUUUCAGAUGGCCAGUGCACCAGCAUAAACCCUGUUAAAGAACUGGUGUGCACAGGACAGUGCCUUGCAGCGCAGAUGCUGCCCAACUGGAUCGGUGGAUACGGUAGAAAGUUCUGGAACCGGCGAAACAGUCAGGACUGGCGCUGCGUAAACGACAAGACCCGUACCCAACGGAUUCAGCUCCAGUGUCAGGAUGGAAGCACCAGGACCUACAAGAUCACUGUAGUGACCUCCUGCAAAUGCAAAAGAUACACACGGCAACACAACAAAUCGGAAAACAAGUCUGAGGUAUACACUCAAACCCAGAUGCCUCACAAACCCAAAAGGCAAGGGAGGCAUCGGAACAGCAAGCUCAAUGAGAACUGGCAUGAGUCUCUGGUCUAUAACUGACACAGACAGUACAUUUUCCCAUUUAAAAGAACUAUGAGAGACUUGUAGGGGUCAACUCAUAGGAGCAAAUGUGCUGCAUCUGAGAGCGAGUGCAGGGCUCUGACUUCACUGUGAAACAGUUCACAGCAGUCAUUGGAAGGAAAAGACAAAUGUCAUUACCAACAAAUUCACAACAAACAUGUGGCCCGUAGGAGUGACCCUGUGCCAAAGAUAUGUCCAUACGUACUGUAUGUCAAAAAGACUGACACACUGUCGAUUGCUCAUGAUCUGCAACAACUGCAUAUUGUAUUGUAAAAUGAAUGGAAACAGACCUGCGAUUUGUAUUGUAUUUGUCGUCACUGUCUGAUAUAUGUAAUAAAACAAAAAUCCAUAAAUGUUACUUUACUUGCAAUAGUGUAAAUGUUAUAUAUGCCGGCAGCAACAAUAACUGCAUCUCUCGAACUUGAGAAAUGCAUAGCUAUUUGUAAAUUAAGUAUCUGUAAAUACACACACAUAUUUUCUUUUGUGUAAUUACCUGUUUUGCAGGACCUUUAUGUGUUAUAAAAUGUAAUAUUUUGUUGAAUAAGUUGAUGUAAUAUAUUUUUGAAUCAUAUGUUUUCAGUUUGUCCAAGCAUUAUCAGACAUGAUAUUGCACUCUACUGACAAUGUUCAUAUUGGCUGUUACAGGAUGGUGUAAAAACAAUAAAAUGAAAACAUCUUAAUGUGUCACAUUCUAAUUAUGAUGAGGUGAUGCAUUUUGUGAACACUAACUAGUUGUGGCUCAGCAGUUAAGUCUCUGGGUUACUGAUUAGAAGGUUGGGGGUUCAAGUCCCAGCACUGCCAAGAUGCCACUGUUGGGCCCUUGAGCAAGGCCCUUGACCCUAUCUGCUCCAGGGAUGCUGUAUCAUGGCUGACCCUGCACUUUGACCCCAGCUUAGCUGGGAUAUGUGGAAAAAAAAAGAAUUUCACUGUAUAUGUGCAAACAUAUAAUGUGUGAUAAAUAAAUUCAAUUAUUAUUAGUGUGUGUAGCCUAUAUUAAUUGA